CCGAACCCACGACCAAGAGGCUGCCGGAGGGGAAAUAACCAUGUCUCUUUACCGCAACUCCGCCUGGUUUCUCAAAGGUGUGACUGAGUUCACCAGGGGUGCCUUCCUAUCAGCCUCCAAGCGGUUUGUGGAGAAGGACCUGGAGGUGUCUGUGGCCGGCCGUUCCUUCAUGAUAACCGGAGCCAAUAGUGGUAUAGGGAAGGCCACUGCUAUGGCCAUUGCAAAGAAAGGUGGAACAAUCCACAUGGUGUGCAGGAACAAGGACAAGGCCGAGGAGGCACGGGCCGAUAUUGUUAAGGAGACAGGAAAUAAAGAGAUCUACGUCCACAUCCUGGACCUGUCUGAGACUAGGAAGGUCUGGGAGUUUGCCGAGUCCUUCAAGAAGAAGUACAAGGCCCUAAAUGUACUGAUCAAUAAUGCAGGCUGUAUCAUGAGUCAGAGGGAUGUGAACGCCGAGGGCCUGGAGAAGAGCUUUGCCAGCAAUGUACUCGGGGGCUACAUUCUCAUCAAGGGUCUUAUUCCCCUGCUGGAGAAAAGCGCAGACCCCCGAGUGAUAACAGUGUCAUCAGGUGGCAUGCUGGUGCAGAAGCUCAGAACAGGUAACCUGCAGUCGGAGAGAGGCCGCUACGACGGUACCAUGGUCUACGCCCAGAAUAAGAGGCAGCAGGUGGUGAUGACAGAACAGUUCGCCAAGGGCCAUGCUAACAUCCACUUCUCUGUUAUGCACCCUGGCUGGGUGGACACUCCAGCAGUGGCCAAUGCCAUGCCAGACUUUCAUCGCUCCAUGAAGGAGAGUCUGAGGACCCCAGAGCAGGGAGCUGAUACUGUGGUGUGGCUGGCCAUCUCUGAGGCUACUGCCACCCGGCCCAGCGGCCGCUUCUUCCAGGACCGCAAGAUCGUAUCCACCCACCUUCCUCUAGCCUGGACCCACAGCUCUCCACUGGAAGAACAGAAGUUCAUGUCUUUGUUGGAGGAACUGGCCAAGACCUUCCAGCCUCACUGAGCUACCACAAC